AUGCAACUCUCACCCCUCGCAAACCCAUUGGCAACCGUCGCCCAGCUCGAAACCUCCGGCUCCCAACUCGAUGGCAUCCCACCCGCUCUCGAAGACUCCGUCCGCUUCGCCGGCGCGCGCCUCACCCAAGCAGCAGGCAUCCUGCUGCGCCUCCCGCAAGAAGUAAUCGCACAAGCCAUCGUAGUCUUCAUGCGCUUCUGGCUCGGCCCCGAAGGCGGCAGUCUCGCUGAAUUCGGCGCAGAACAAGUCUCAGCCGCGUCGCUGUACCUCACCACGAAGCUCUCUGCGUAUCCAAAGUCUGCGCGGAGUCUUGUGAAUGUAUACGCGUAUCUGGAUUCGCUGCCGGUGACAUACUUCGAUAUGGAACAGCUUCAGAAAACGGGCGAAGAUACAAAGGGAUACUACGUCAGCGAGGGGACAUACGAGCGCCGUCGCGCAACGCUGUUUACAACCGAACAACGCAUCCUACGUACCCUCGGCUUCAAUACGCACGUCCAACACCCAUACACGCUUUGUAUAACAUACAUGCAAGCCCUCGACAUCUUCACGCACCCGCGCGCGUCCGAAUUAGCGAAACGCGCGAUUGCACAUCUCAAUACCGCAUUGUUGAGUCCGCAAUGCCUGUACCUGACGCACCAGCCGACGGAGCUGGCGACAGCGAGUAUAUAUCUUGCGGCAAGGGAGACGGGGAUUAAGAUGCCGGAGUGUGAGUGGUGGGAGGUGUUUGAUACGGAUAGAGAGGUACUGGGUUUCCUGUGCGUGGGGCUGUUGAGUUUGGAGGGCUGGGUGAAUGAGGAGCGGAAGAGGUGGGAGGGACGAAGGGUUCCGAUGAGUGUAGAGGGAGUGGAGAGGGAGGUUAGGUGGAGGAAGGAGGAGGAGGCUGACACUUGA